UGAGGAAGUGCAUGAACAUUUAUGGCCCAGUCAGCUUCCCUUUUCCACCACAUAUUAGCUACAACUUAACCAAACAUGCCCACCUCCCAAACACUAUGACAUCCACUAUCACAUGGUUUUGCCUCCCAACCAAUCCUUUAUUGAGAUAGCUUUAUUGAAGUGCCCGUCUCUGGCCUAGUUUAAUAUAUAUGGCAACCUAUCUCCAUUGCCUUCUACACCCUGAAACAAUCAGCAUUCAAUACUCUUAAGACUUCAAGAUCAUUUUUCAUCUAUUUUUUGAUCUCCAAGUUAAGAAUGAUGAGCACUAAGAAGCUUACCAACUUGGCAAGGAAAUGGCAGAAGUUAGCCGCUAUCAGGCGAAAAAGAAUCCCAUUUCCCGGAACCAAUGGGGUAAUAGAUGCAGAGGCUUGCAGCACAACACCUAAGGGUCACUUUGUUGUGUACACGGAUGAUGAAAGACGAUUUGUUCUUCCUUUGAAGUUUCUCAACCAUGAAGUUUUUCAAGAGUUGCUCAAACUUGCAGAAGAAGACUUUGGAUUACCUAGUGAUGGACCUCUCACAUUGCCUUGUGAUGCAAACUUCAUGGAAUAUUUUAUUGUGUUGAUGCAAGGUGGUGUGACUAAAGAUGUACAGAAAGGAUUUCUCAAGUCCAUUGCUGACAGUCGAUGCUCGUCGUCUUCAUAUCUUCAUCAAGAAGUACUAAACCAACAACAAAUGAUCUGUAGCCUCUGAAGGAUCUUUAUUUUUUUUUAUUUUUUUACUUUUGUAAAUCACA